AUGGGAAAUCAAUAUUUUCGUAAUUGUUCUUUUCAAAACUGCUUCUUAACUACGGAUAGAAAGUUAGAACGCCACGCUGCUGCUAUUGUCUUCUUUGAUCGUGACUUAAUGGGCCAUUUAAUGAAUUUUGAUUUGCCGGAUUAUCAACAUCGAAUCAACUCUCAACGAUGGGUUUAUUACAAUAUUGAAUCACCAAAGAAUACUUAUUGGUUAACUUCACCCUUUAAAUCAAUCAUAAUGUUCAAUUGGACCAUGUCCUAUAGGAGAGAUUCUGAUGUUCAUGCUUAUUAUGGUAGUUAUGGUGUACGCGAUUAUCCAUCACGAUCAUUGGGUAAUGUCAAUUAUUUAGCUAGCAAAAAGAGAUUUGUGGCAUGGAUGGCAAGCUCAUGUUUAGAGGAUAGGACAAAUUUUGUUUAUGAGCUAUCAUUUCAUACUGAAAUUGAUGUCUAUGGUUCAUGUGGCAAUCGCAAAUGUCCACGUAGUCGCGAAUGUUGGGAUAAAAUUUUAAGGGAUUAUCGCUUUUAUUUAGCAUUAGAAAAUUCUUAUUGUAUCGAUUAUGCCACGGAAAAAUUAUGGAAUGCACUAACUCACGAUGUCAUUCCUGUGGUAUGGGGUGGCGCCGAUUAUCAUAAAACCGCCCCUCCAAAUUCCUUUAUUGAUAUCCGUCAAUUUAGUACAGUCAUCGAUCUGGCUAAUUAUUUAAAUAGAGUUGGAACGGAUCCUAAACUUUAUAAUUCCUUUUUCGAAUGGAAGAUUCAUUGGUUUAUUAAACCGCCGCAACAUUGGUGUAAUCUAUGUAAAAAACUCAAUGAUCGUACUCAACCUAGGAAAUGGUAUAAAUUAUUAGAUAAUUUGUGGGAUCCUCUUUCUAGCUGUUUUCCUAAUGAUUAUCCCCGUGAUAUCCAUUAG